GGGCCCGAAAAUUAGUGAGACCGAGACCGAACCCGAAACUGUCGGUUCGGGCCGGUUCGGUCUUUUUGUAAACUGAAAACCGACAGAAACCGAACCCAUUCGGGCCGGUUCGGUUUUCGGGCUUUUUCGGCUGCAGAUCAAAUCUACAUUAAAAACAAUCUCUCCUUUCUCUGCGGAUCAAUUCUUUCACACCCAGCAGGGGAACAAGAAUUUCAUUCAAUUUCUCCCACCACCAAUCCUUUAUGAUUCUUCCUUUUCAUAAAAACAACCACAACCCAAUCAGAAUUUUGAUUCCCACCCAAGAUUGGCCUUCACUUUUCACCCACAGGGCAUCUUUGUUUUUUCUCCUAUUAAUCUUGGCUCUCUCCUCCUCCUUCCCCAUUGAAGCCAUGAAGGUCCAUCCAAUCCCCAAGAGGCGCAACAUCUCCAUCCAGUACCAUUCAAGAAGCCCACUCUCUGAAGCCCAGGCCCUCCUCGGUCUCACCCACAAGAAGCUCCACCGCCUCCCCCAUGUCUUCAGCCGCGUCCUCGAGCUCCCUUUCCGCUCCGACGCCGACGUCCUCAUCGAGGAGAACCCCGACUGCUUCCACUUCGUCGUCGAAACCGAGAGCUUCGGCCACGACGUCAGGACCCACACCGUCAAAAUCCACCCCGGGGUGACCAAGAUUGUCGUCAGGGAAAGAGGGUCCGCGGCGGAGCUGACGUUGGACGAGCUGGAGCUGGACAUGUGGAGGUUCCUCCUGCCGGAGUCGACCCGGACGGAGCUGGCCAGGGCGGUUUUUGUCGACGGGGAGCUCAUUGUGACGGUGCAGAAGAUGGAGGGGAUGGAGAAUUCGGAGGGCGGAGAUGGUGGGGAGGUUUGGGGCGGUGGUGGUGGGAAUGGGAAUGGGGGUUCAGAGGAGGUAUAG